ACACUGUCCUUCUGUCACGGACAAACUGCGUAACCGCUCUGACGUCAGCUGUUUAUCAUGGAGGAAUAUGCCCGUGAACCCUGUCCAUGGAGGAUAGUUGAUGACUGUGGAGGUGCAUUUACCAUGGGGGCAAUUGGAGGGGGGGUGUUCCAGUCAGUUAAAGGCUUUCGGAACGCACCUGUGGGUGUUCGACACAGGCUAAGAGGGAGCGCAAAUGCUGUGAGAGUAAGAGCACCACAAAUUGGAGGUAGUUUUGCUGUGUGGGGUGGACUCUUUUCCACCAUAGACUGUGGUCUUGUGCGUUUACGGGGUAAGGAAGACCCUUGGAACUCCAUCACUAGUGGAGCCAUGACUGGAGCUAUACUGGCUGCACGCAGUGGUCCACUAGCCAUGGUGGGCUCUGCAAUGAUGGGGGGAAUUCUGCUUGCACUAAUCGAGGGCUUUGGGAUACUUCUUACUAGAUAUACAGCACAGCAGUUUCAGAAUCCGAGUCCCUUUGUGGAGGACCCGAGUCAGCUUCCUCAGAAAGAAGGCCAAGAGAGACGUGGUUAUGGACAGUAUCAGUAAAACCACUGUUUUGCAGUGGAUACUGUAAUAUUAUAGACUGUGAAUAAGAGAGGAUCAUCAUAGUUUACAAUACCCUCCAGAGACAGGGGAUACUCCUGAAUCCUCUUUAUCCUCUAUAGAGUAUUGCUGGGAUGGUGUAUUUUUGUAGGCCAAAACCUGGAAACGAGUUAGCAUUGUAGCA